AUGUGGUACGGCCAGAUCGUGAUAGGGCCACCAGGCAGCGGCAAGAGCAGCUACUGCUUCGGCAUGCAGCAGCUCUUGACGGCGCUGGAGCGACAGCAUAUUAUUGUGAACCUCGACCCGAUGAAUGACUUGUUGCCUUACGAAUGCGCGGUGGACGUAAUGGAUCUUAUUAAAGGAACAGAUGUAAUGAAGAAACACCAGCUGGGACCGAACGGUGCUAUGAUUUAUUGCAUGGAGUUCUUGUUGGAGAACGUCGACUGGCUGGUGGAGAAACUAAAGAAGUACAAAAACUAUUAUGUUCUGAUCGAUUGCCCUGGGCAAGUCGAGUUGUUCACACAUCACGAGGCCCUGCGUACAAUCAUCAGACACCUCGAAAAACUGGAUUUUAGGAUGGCGGCGGUUCAAGUUUUGGACAGUACGCUUUGCACUGAUACAUUCAAAGUGAGAAGCCACAGCAGCAGUAGCAGCAACAACAACAUCAGCAGCAGCAGUAUCAUCCUCGCAAGCAGCAGCAGUCGUUACGAUAAAUGCGCACAAUUGGCCCGCUCUGGUUCGGAGUUGCCGUUUACGGUGCUGCUGUUUUUGGUGAUGUUGCUGUUUCUGUUGCAGCACAUCAGUGCGCUGCUGAUGGCCCUGUACGCCCAGUUGCAGCUGGAGUUGCCUCAUAUCAAUGUUUUGUCGAAAAUCGACCUCCUACGCCAUCAUCGAAAGGACUUGAAGUUUCCUCUGGAGUUUUACGCGGAUGCCUACGACGUCCAGGCGCUGCUGCAGACGAUGGGGAGAGACCCUCAUCCUGUGGGGCAAAAGCUUCUGGGGUUCGCGCGCGAAGUGUGCGAAUUGGUUGAAGAUUUUAAUAUCGUUUCAUUCCUACCCGUAGCGGUAACAGACAAGGAGUGCAUGUUGCUGGCUUUACGAACAGCAGACACAGCUAAUGGCUUCGCAUUGGGGAAUUACACGGAGAAUCGGACUGGAUACCCGUUGCAGCUAAAUACAGAAGAAGAAAGACAGAAUCUAAUUGAAAGGUUGCAGGAGCGGUACUUGGACGGGGAUGAGGAAGAUGAAAGGGAUGGAAAUUUUCGGCAGGAUUCAGAGAAGACUGAUUGA